UGCACAGUUGUCCCAGCAUCUUCGCAUCCGCGUCUCAUCUGCUUCUUCUACUUCUCCUCUCUCGAGGCAACGAAUUCAAGACAUGAAAGUCGCCGCUCUGGUCUGUGUUCUGAUGGGCGUGGCAGCAGCCCUUCCAGGCCUUCGUCUGCGCCGCGACUCAACGCCCUUCCAGUUCGAACUGCCUUCCAACGCCUCCCUCAUCCUGGGCACGAUCCGAACGGGCUUCGACUGCGCUAACCUCCCCUACGGGUACUACGCCGACCAAGACAACAACUGCGCCGUCUUCCACGUCUGCCUUCCCUACAUCGACCACGACCUCUUCGUCGUCCGCCAGCUCUCCUUCUUCUGCGGCGAAGGGACCGUCUUCGACCAGGAGCGCCUCGUCUGCGACUUCCCCGCCUUCGCCCUCCCUUGUUCCGAGGCCGCAGCCUACAGGAGGUCCAACGAGUACUUCGGCCGACCGGAGGUUAACUUCCUGGAAAAAUAAGAGGCCUGAAGAACAGUGACUUUCUCUUCCCAAUAAUCUUUUGUUUGUUUGUUCUAAAAUCAUCGUGCGCAUCUCUCUCCCGAAGUUCCUAACCCCUCUCAUCAUUUGUUUAUAUGUUGAAUAAAAGUUACACCAGGA